AUGUGGGGUGGCGUGAAGGUCCGCGCGCAGCACGGCGACAUCUUCCGCGCGUGGAGCGCCAGCCAGGGACUUGAGAAGUUGAGGCGCCAGCUGUACCGCGAGCCGCGGCCGUGGUACCUGGCGUGGUCGCUGCACCAUCACCGGCACCUGCUUAGUGACUACCACUGUGCCCGCCUGCUAUCGUGGUGCACAACCGUCAUGUGCCUUGAGAGGCGGCCGCCGGCGAGGCAGCAGGCGUACCUGUACGCGCAGCAGGUGUUUCAGGUCAUGGUGCACAGCCACAAGGUGGGAACGGAGACAUACCAGGAGUUCUUCCGUCUGUGCGCCACCGGUCGUGACUUGACUACAGCGUUCCGCUGGCAGCAGUAUUUGGUGGAGACGGAUCAAACAUUUCCGCUCUCGCACUACACGUGGCUGCUCCACAUUGCGGCGCUGUCACCCAAUGACGAGAGUGCCGAGGACAUGGCGGAAGCAGUAUGGGAGACGUACAUGGCUCGGUACUGCUCAGUGGUGAAGCACGACCUGACCGGCAACACUGCCAUGGNGCAUCAUCAACCGUCCACGGAGGAGGAAGCACGGCAAUUAGCAGGGAUGUUCCGUGCCUUCAAGAUACUCCGACCACGAAUAGCGGAUGGCGCCAAGUCGCAACUCCUGCAGUUUAUUGACAGCCUCCCUGACGACGAGACUAUGCACUCCGCGUGCGGCGGCUGGCCAACAAUCAGUCAACAUCAUACGUUUCCGCACUUGGAAUCUGCCAUGACAUGGGCACCGCCCACUCUGUCCAGUCCUCGGCUUCGCGACUCCAUUCUCCACGAGGGUCUCGUCGCUGAUUUGGAAGAAGCCACAUUUGCACACAACGUGCAGCGUGUUGUGGCGAUUGUGGAAGAGUACCGACAGCGUAUCUCGGCAGAAAAGAGUGGUGAGAGUGCGACGAGGCACCGAGCGGGUGAACGGGACAUUUGGCGCAGCUACGCCGACCCCUCUGUUCUUGCUUUUAGGAAGGAGCUUGUUGAAGAUGGUGGAGUUACGUCGGAGCUGUACCACUACCUAAUCGUGGCGCUUUCUCUGACGCAGCCCUCUACGGCGCUUCGGACAGUCCGCCGUAUGGAGGAGGCGAAUCUGCGCGUUCUUGAUUUGACACGGGCUGUGAUGAUUGUGCGUUGUGAAGGGUCAUCGGGCGAGCAGAUGACGCUUUUGCAAGAGCAACUGCGAGAGAUUGAGGAGCGGCAAAAAAUUGACGUGGACUACGGUAUAACGAGGGAGGUUGAGCUCUUCUGGAAAUUCCAAUAUGCUGAUUUUUUCCACUAUCGCAAUGCACUGAACCAGGUGGAUUUGUUCCGUAUACUCAUGGAGGGUUUGGGGCCCGUCCGGGUACAACAGCUGCUGCUGGACGCACAACACCACGGCACAUGCUCGUUGGUGGACGUCACAGUAUUGAACGACUCCUUCCGCACGGCUGCCGCACAUCACUACAGGUGUGUCCUUGGUGAAAAAGAAGUAAACAGAGCACUAGAUGACAUUACCAAACACAUGCCCAAGCUUGACAUUAGCUUAGUCGGAUCGCUUCAGCAUUUUGGUGACUACGCGCUGCCUGCCGAAGAGUUUGUGUCCACAGACAUUUCUUCACUGUGCAAGAAAUUAGUGGGGUACGGUACCAUCUUUGUCCUAGACUCUUCGUUUGUGGAGACAAGUGAGCAAUUCCUCAAACUGGGAAAGUCCAAUAGCGACACCAGUGGAAUCCGUUCCUUGGUUCUGGUGCCAUACUGUUGUCUUAAACAGCUGGCGUCCACGAUUGAACAGGGCAAAGAUAUCGUUUCAUUUGAUACGGCGCUACGCGAGGCGAAUCAAGCAGAAUCCUUUAUAGCAUCGCAGCGUCUACGUAGUCUCUUCGCAUUUGUUACUGCUGAGAACAAGAGCACCAAGGCGAGGGUCCUCCACUUCAGUGAGUGUCUUCUUGCCCACACAUUAGCUGCUGCAGCUGUCGGCGCUGCAGGUAUUGAUCCUGGUCAAUCAGAUAACGAUCACCUGCUGUUGGUUCUUGCGAUGAUACGUGCGGUGGCGCCGAGGGAGUCUAAUGUUGUACUGUGCACUGAUGAUACAUCUCUUGUGAGGCGACUCCGCGAUGGCGAACUUGCCUCAAUCUUUGCUGGGGAGAUACACGUCAUGUCGUCCGAGCCACCACAGGGGAUCGUGGAAAAAGAAGAAGCUCUCAUCAACGACAACCCUGAUUUCUGUGUGUCAGUAGACUUCCAGCCGAAACUAGACGCUUCCAUACCUACGCAGAGGCAUACGCCAGGGAAAGCCGCGUCGGUGCUGGAUUCGGCUUUGACGCCAACAAUGAGCACUGCAUGGUUGGAUAUGCUGAACGAAGAGGAGCAGACGGAAGUCCCAUUGGUGGCAGUAAACACGACACCAACACAGAGUGAAACAAAAGAUGAAGAGGCGAAACUUGAACACGAGAAGCUCAUGAACAUGUACGAAUCUGAGCACGCUGUGGCGCCUGUUGGUGUUCUGAUGUCGGAGGCAUCAUCUCUAGGGUCGGUGUUUGAACAGUUUGAUACUUUGGGGCCCGAUGCCGAGAUGGACCGAGACAUGUCAGCAGCUGCAGCGCCACAACAGGAGCCAGGUCGGCGGAAGGACAGGCCGCGCAAAUGGUCCCUGCUGGAGGUUGAGGCUGUGAAAAAUCGUGGGGCAUCCAAUAAGCAACGUUUUCACCUCGCGAGGCGACUGAGCAAUGCCUCGGGAGGACGUGUUCCGUUUAAUUUCCGCUACAGGGUGCUCGAGGUGGAUAUAAGGGAUAGGCGAAAUAAGUUUUUCAAGGACGCCUACACCGAGGGGGUGGCGAAGAAGCGCGAGAAUUUCAAGCGAAAAUUUGAGGCUUCUCACCUUGUUGGGAGCUUGCAGCCGUGA